CUUGUUUUGGUUCGGCAAAGUGAGAUGUCGGGUCAUCAUCAUCAGUGCACCGAGAACCCACCUAACCUGAAUCCAGAUAGCGGGUCGGGUCAUGUCGAGAAACUUGGAAACCUCGACACUUAUGUCUCUGGUUCUUCUACUCAUUCAAAGCUUGCUGUUCUUCUCGUCUCUCAUGUCUUCGGAUAUGAAACUCCAAACCUGAGGAAACUUGCUGACAAGGUUGCUGAAGCUGGAUUCUUUGCCGUGGUUCCUGAUUUCUUCCAUGGUGAUCCUUAUAAUCCUGAGAAAACUUUAAUCUCAGCAAAAGUUGCUGUUGAAUUGGCAAAGCAGAACCUUGUUGAGGCUACUGUUUUAUUACAUCCUUCUCGUGUUACGGUCGAUGAUAUUAAGGGGGUCAACAUUCCAAUUGCUGUAUUAGGAGCUGAAUUGGAUCAAGUAUCUCCUCCAGAUCUUGUAAGGAAAUUCGAAGAUGUUCUAGCUUCAAAACCUGAGGUGAAGAGUUUUGUGAAGAUAUUCCCAAGUGUCAAACACGGUUGGACUGUUAGGUACAAUGAAAAUGAUCCAUCAGAAGUUGAAGCUGCAGAGGAAGCUCACAAAGACAUGCUCGCUUGGCUCACCGACUAUAUCAAGUGAGAGAACUUAGAACGGUCUUAGCUUUGGUUAGAUACAUAACCAGAGUAGACCCAAAAACAUAUUUUAAUCUGUUGUAUCUCUUCUUUACGAUGCUUUGGUAUGAGCCAAAACUUUUAACAUGUCCUUUUGGGCCUUAA